AUGGUCAUGGUGGUCAAGGCAGCAGUAAUGAAGGAUACUAUAAGAAGAAGGGACAGUCGAGCCAAGAAAAUUGGCGUGGAAGAGGAUGCAGUCAAGGAAGAGGUGGCCGAUCAAUUUACUCCAACAUUCAGUGCUACAAAUGUUACAAACAUGGUCACUAUGCAAACGAUUGUAACUCCGACAAAUGUUACAACUGUGGCAGAGGGGCAUUUUGUAAAAGAUUGUCGAGCUAAUAAAAAGGUGGAAGAAACAAUCAACCUAGCCUUGGAUGACGCAACAACCGAAGGUCUUCUCAUGAUGGCUCAAAAUGAAGAUCUGAAAGCGAAAGAACACGGCAGAGCAAAAGACGAUGGUGGUAGUUGUGAGGUGGUGGAAGCCAUUGGAAAUGAGAAGAUACGCAGCGGAUUUGGCAAAAUCGCGAUAUCGGAGACGAGAAAAUUGAAGGAAUCUGGAUUAAACACGCGAUCGGCAAACGACCCAAAGAAACUUCCGGAUCAUCAGAAGGAGAACAGAGAUUUAGAGCAACAACCAAAAUCUGCCGUGGAUAAAUAUGUGGAGAAGUCUCAGUUGCAGACGUUGAAAUCGCUGAACGAGCGCCUUUUGAAGGAGAAAGUAGAGAUUGAAAAAGAAAAGAAAGCUUUUAGAAAUGGAGAUUUCAGGUUAGAGAAGGAAGUGGCAGAGCUGAGUGAAAGUUCUUUCUAUCUCAAAUAG